CUCGCUCGAGUGCAACGACAAUGGCGCUCCUCCUUACGCUCCUUACCGUUGCCUUGUGCUUCCUAGCCUUCCUACUCUUCUUUGAACGAAGCUACAAUAGGCGAUCCCGUGCUCAGACGACCAUCCACACCAUCCGCGACCCCGCUGUCGCCCACCGAGCACUCAUCGAGAACGCCGACGACUUCGCAAACCAGCCGGCGUCGAUCUUCCCCGUAUCCCUGGCCGUCUGGCCCAACGGCGAUCGGAACGACAACAUCACCACGGCGAAUCACGGCCCGCACUGGCGAGCGCUCCGAUGCAACCUCACUGCCCAGAUCAUCCACCCAUCACGCCUCUGUUCCCUCGCCCCACUAAUGCAGGAUGCCGCCCUGGCACUCGUCGCCGACCUGUUGGCCCGAGCUACACGCCUUGGCGCCGGCGGCGAGGUGGCCAUCCGUGUCCCCACCAACACUGCUCUUUUUGGGCUAGUCACCCUCCUCUGCUUCGGAGACACCGUGGAUGGCCAAAACAGGCGCGCCUUGGGGCAUGUCGUCCGGGACAACAUGGAUGCCGUUGGGGAGCUCAGCCCCAGGUUCGAUGGCUCGAUGGUGUCGAAGCUCGUCAACUGGAGGGCGUUUCGCCGUAUCUCCGCCCUGUUCGACCGGCAAACCGAGCUGUACCGUCCUCUCUUUGCCGCACGCAGGGAGUCACGGUCCAAGGUUUGUGGCGGUAUCGUCCACCCAUAUGUCGACUCGCUCCUCGAUCUCCGCGUCCCCGACGGCGACAGCAAGAACGGCGACGUCCGGCGGGCUCUCCGGGAAGGCGAGAUGGUGCCGCUUGUGUUCGAGUUCCUUGGCGCAGGUACAGGGUCGAUCACAACCUGCGUGGAGUGGACCCUCGCCCACCUCAUCAACCAGCCCGAGUUCCAGACCAGGCUACGCCGCGAAAUUGACGACGUUGCCGGUGGCGCCCCGUUGUCCGCCAAGAGCCUUCGCAGCAUGCCGUACCUAAACGCCCUCGUCCUGGAGAGCCUCCGCAUGCACCCACCUUUGGUGAUGUUCAAACUAGGUGACAUCGGAAGAGACAAGGCAAUGUGGACGGAUCCCGACGAGUUUCGACCGGAGCGGUUCCUUGAGGGCGGUGAAGCGGAGCAUGUCGGCCCGUUGCCAGGAUCCAAGGAGAUCAGGAUGAUGCCGUUCGGUGCCGGGCAUAGGCACUGCCCCGGCGUCGGCAUGGCCAUGAUGCUCAUCAAGUGCUUCCUCGCCACGCUCGUGCGCGAGUUCGAGUGGACGCUGUCGGCCCAAGACUGCAGCCGUGGCGUCGACAUGACGGAGCAGGACGGGUUCGUGAAGCUGAUGAAGAAGCCACUCUGCGCGCGCGUCGCGCGGCGCACUUGA